AUGGCCGAGCAACAGCAGCAGCAGGAGAACGGUGCCAUCUUUGGCGACCUCGACUCCUACGACUCUGGCUUUGCAGGCUCCUAUCUCGACGACAACGCCUCUCUCGGCACCUCACAGCCUGUCUCCGCUACCGAUCCUGGCACCGUUCCUCCCACCACCACCACCACCAGCACCGCCGCCGCAACCACCAACGGCAACACUCCCCAGUCUUUCUUCCCUACCAACGCCAGCUGGGCCUCAUUUCAGGACACUCCUCCCUACGAAUUCGACUUUGGCGGCUCGGUCGAGGCCUUCAACCCACAGCUGUUGCAGCAGGCCUGGAACCUCCAGCAGGCCCCCCAGUUCAUCGGCCAUCUGCCGCAGAGACCGCACCCCCAGUCCCUCAACGGCAUCAGCCCAGCGUCCAUCAAUGCCGACUCUCUAAAUAGCCCCCUGGGACCCAAUUCUUCCUUCUCCGGCAGCGAAGCCCAAGUUCGACCGCACUUCUCGGCCGACAUCCUCAGCACCCUGACCCCGGCCCAGCAGGAGAAACUCAAGAGCAUCGCAAUGCCCGCCCAUCUGCAGUACCACUCGCCCAAGAGCGAGCCGAGUCCGCAGUCCAGCAUCAAUGACAAGGACAAGGGCGACCUCGCCUCGUCGCCCGACGAUCCAACCAAGAACAGGAAGAGGAAGUCCUCGGCUGACGACGAGGAUGAUGACGAUGACGACGACGAGAACCAGCCGAUCAAGAAGACGGCGCAUAAUAUGAUUGAGAAGAGAUAUCGGACAAAUCUGAACGACAAGAUUGCUGCCUUGAGAGACAGCGUACCCAGUCUCCGGAUCAUGUCCAAGAGCGCAAGAGGAGAGGACACUACUGAGGAUCGCGAAGAGCUACACGGACUCACCCCCGCCCACAAGCUGAACAAGGCGACGGUCCUGAGCAAAGCCACCGAAUACAUUCGGCAUCUCGAGAAGCGAAACACUCGCCUCCUAGAUGAAAACAACACCAUGCAGCAGAGGAUAUCUGCAUUUGAGAAGCUUUUCAUGCAUGGCGCUAUGAAUGGCGGCAUGAGCCCCAUGCCGCAACCCCCUACUCCCAUGCAGUUCGCCCAGGAUGCCUUCAUGAACAGCCCGAUGUCGACACCGGGAGCAUCAGACCCGCCGGGCAUGAUUCAAGUCCCCGAGGAGAUGAAGCGGAUCAUUCAGGCGCAGGCUGCCGCUGGCCGGCCUUACCCUGUGCCUCCUCAACCUUUCCAGCCGAACCCCGCCCUCAUGCGCCAACAACAAAUCCAGCAGCAACAGCAGAUGCAGCAAAACAGGUGGCAGAAUGCCGGCCCUUAUUUCGGCAAACUGAUGGUGGGCACUCUCGCUGGCUUGAUGAUCGUGGAGGCGGCGCGAGAGAACGAGCAGAGCAACGACGAGACCGAAGGGCGCGGGCUGUUUGCGGUUCCCAUUCACCUGCUCGCCAGCAUCGCCUCAACUCCUCACUUCAGCGUUGCGGGAUAUCACUUGUCGACAGCGCAGGUCUUAUCUACGCUCAAGCUUUUGGUGCUCUUUGGCGCUUUGCUGUGGGCAUUCGUGCCAUCUCUAUUCAGCUCUAAGCCUCCCAAGCCACAAAAGGGCGGUCACAUUAGCGCGUCUCUGGAGAAGGUUCCGUCCCUGGCAUCGCCUAUCCACGUCCGGAGGCAAGCGUGGCUCACGGCCAUCCAAACUGUUUGGGUUCCUCGGCACAACUUCAUCCUCGAAGCUUUGGCCCUGAUUCUGAAGACAGUGAAGCUCAGCCUCCGCAAUGCGAUGGGGUUGCAUGGCUAUCAGACGCUUACAGGACUCACCGAGGAACAAGAAACGGCUCGGGUCCAGGCGUGGACGAUUGCGCUCGAUGCCCAGCUCGCUGGUGGUGAUAUCGAGAUCAACAAGAGCCGCCUGACACUGACGCUGCUCGCUUCUGGUACCCUGCCAGACACUCCCCUGCGGCUAAUGCUCAAGGCCCUGCACAUUCGAGUCAUCUUGUGGCAGUCUGGCAUCCGUGGUAUUCAGAAUGUCAUCGCCAACAAGCUGGCCAGAAGCAAGUGGAACCAGGCCAAGCAGCUCUACCAGAUUACAACACAACUCCGCCGAAGCGGCGCCCAAGUCGCCGACGAGGAACUUCCCGAACACCUCGCGGCUCUUCUCGACCAGGAGUGUGAAGAGGUGCUCAAUGACGAUGUGGUGCAGCGUGCCCACAACUUGGCCUGGAAUAACCCCACGACCUUCAAUGUUGACCUCGAUAUCGGUGGCAUGAGCGCCGUCGUGGAAGACCCCGCUGUCAGAUCACCUAUGGAUGCCGUUGCCGCCUGGUGGUCAAGCCUAGUGCUGCACCGCGCCGUGAGCACUGCUUUGUCCGAGGAAGUCGACGAGGCCACAGUUGAGCUCAUCAAAGAGGAUCUUGACCUUGCCGCUGCUACCUCACCCAUUGGCUCAAAUGCCCAGCUUCGAUCGCUGGUCGCACGGGCUGUUCUCCUCGAUGAGAAGCGGGGCUCCAAUAUCGCCUCCGCCCUGCAGGCUCUGGGUCCCCUCCUCAACCCCGACAAGCACCCCCACUACAGCAAAGGUGUGCCGCCCCUCAUUGACUCGCCCAUGUCGACGAUCGACCUGGACCCCGAUGUUGAGAUGGCGCUCCGGUGCGCGAUGAGCAUUGCUCAUUUGCAACGGUUUGCUGAGCCUUCCAAAGACACACUGGCCUGCAUCGACUCGAUCCUUCCUGGUUCCACAGAAGGCAUGACGCUGCUGGGCUGCACUGCUGCCUUCAAGCUGAUGGAGCGUCUGCACAAGCACAAUGUUGCUGCUGAGGCCUGUGCGCCGUCGCUCGAGAGGCUGGCAGGCACCCUGCGUCUUUGGAUCGGAGGCCAUGCAGGUGACAAGUGUGGUCUGGAUCAGGAUACGCGACACAACGUCGUCGACCGAUGCCUGUCCGUGACCAAGAGCCUCAUCGGCAUGGACUCGGACCAAGGGUACGGCAGCAUGAGCGACGAAUGCGACCUGGAAGAGCUUACAUCAUAG